UCUCCAUUUCAAGUGAAUGGCAGGUUAGGUUUUGUUUUCGUUGCCAAUCAUUUUGCAUCUGAAAAUACGAGUUCAAAGGUUUAAUUCGCUCCACAUUGAAAAAAUGAAAGUGCAGGACCUGGACAAAUGUGCUCCCAGCAGCGACUGGAAUGUCCUUUACUGGGUGCUGGGAACAAUCCUGAUGCCGGUUGCCCUGCCAUUGGCUCUAAUUAACAUUUGGCAGCGAUUCCGGGCUAAAAAAUACCGCAAUCAAUUGCCCGGCAAGGUGGUGCUUAUCACGGGCGCAAGUUCAGGAUUGGGUGAAUCCCUUGCCCAUGUUUUCUACCGGGCAGGCUGCAAGGUUAUUUUGGCAGCACGCCGAACUCAGGAGCUGGAGCGGGUGAAAAAGGACCUACUCGCACUGGAUGUGGACCCAGCUUAUCCUCCUACUGUGCUCGCCCUCGAUCUGGCUGAAUUAAAUUCAAUUCCUGAAUUUGUAACCCGGGUCUUGGCAGUGUAUAAUCAGGUGGAUAUACUAAUUAACAACGGCGGAAUCAGUGUCCGCGCAGAUGUGGCAUCAACAGCCGUGGAUGUGGAUCUCAAAGUAAUGGUGGUCAACUAUUUUGGCAGCGUGGCCCUAACUAAAGCUCUCCUUCCUUCCAUGGUAAAACGUGGAAGUGGUCACAUUUGUUUCAUUAGCUCGGUUCAGGGUAAAUUCGCCAUUCCCCAGAGAGCCGCUUAUUCUGCAUCGAAACAUGCCAUGCAAGCCUUUGCCGAUUCCCUUCGAGCGGAGGUGGCCAACAAGAACAUAAACGUGUCCUGCGUGAGUCCUGGUUAUAUACGCACUCAACUGUCACUCAACGCUUUGACAGGAUCCGGAAGCAGCUAUGGCAAAAUGGACGAAACAACCGCCAAAGGAAUGUCGCCCGAUAAACUAGCAGAACGAAUUCUCCAAUGCAUUCUCCGCAAAGAACCCGACAUUAUUGUGAGCGAUGUUCAGGCCAAGAUUGCCUAUUAUCUUCGCCAUCUUUGCCCAAAUCUAUACUUUUGGAUCAUGGCCAAGCGCGCCUUAAAGCUGGAGAAUGCAGAAAAGAAGUCCUCUUAAGUUUAGUAAAUGUUAAGUCGAUGUUCUUAAGUAUUAGUUUCGUUUUUAUUGUUAAUAGAAUUUUGCCUUAAAUGAGGAAAUUAUAAAAUAUCGCAUAUGUGUGUGUGUUCGGGUUAAAAAUUAGUUACACUCGUGUUAUUUCCUAACAAUAAGAUUAAUAAAUAAAGUAUUGUAGUAAUUGUAACAUAAAGUACAACUGAAUUGUCA